AUGUAUGCGAUCACGGGAGAGGACGUAGCUCGAGCAGCCUCGUGGCUGCUCGGGUGGUCAUACUUUACAUCGUGGUCGUUGUCAUUCUACCCACAACCGCUUCGCUGCUGGAAGUACCGCUCAACUCGUGGUAUAACGGUCGACUUCCCUCUACUGAAUAUUGUUGGAUUUACCAGUUACUUCAUCUCCACGACAGCAUUCCUCUUUGCCCCAAAGAUUCGUCAGCAGUAUGCUAUUCGACACCCUUCUGCUCCCGAGCCUACAGUCCGCUUCAAUGACCUGAUCUUUGCUCUGCAUGGCACUAUCAUUUGCUUCCUGUUCUACAGCCAAUUCUACCCGAGACUCUGGAAUUUUGAAGUCGUCAAAGGUCAACGAGCCAGUGCCGGCGCGCUUGGUAUUUUCUAUGGUAGCAUCAUCGGUGUCUCUAUCACUGCGUUGCUGGUAUCGUUGUUCAAAGGUGGAAGAGACACUCCCGAUUCUUGGGCAGAAAUUGACAUCAUAUACGCAUUCUCUUACGUCAAACUUAUUAUUACCCUCAGCAAAUAUGCUCCUCAGGCAUGGUACAACUACAAAAUCAAGUCGACAGCGGGUUGGGCGAUCGAUAUGAUCUGGUGCGAUUUUAUUGGAGGUAUCUUGUCUUUACUCCAGCUGGUCAUCGACAGCGCCUUGGAAGCCGAUUGGAGUGGCAUAACUGGAAACCCAGCCAAGCUCUUCCUUGCUGUCUUUAGUCUUUGCUUUGACACGGUCUUUUUCGUACAGCACUAUGUUUUGUACAAAGGUAAAGCGUUACCAAAAGAGGAUGAGGAACAGGCUCUCCUUGCGGAAUGA